GCACCGUCGCGCCCAACCAUAUCGUAUCACCGACAAGAUUAGGGGGGGAGCAAAAAAGAAGCUAGUUUCUGACGAGUUGUUUAGGAGUCCUGGGUAUCGCUACCGAAUUCCGGAGCGAGGGGGUUUGCGUUCUGGUAGCCAAGAUCCCGAAUGGAUCCCCUUGCCGCUGGAAGGGCACUCCUGCAAAAAUACCGAGCCGCUGGGCAUCAUCGGGCUAUGGAUAGGCGAGGUAUGUUCUCCUUCAUUUGUCACGAUCCGCGGGCCUGGUAGCAUUGGCGAGUCUUCUCCCGGGAAAUAUAUAUAGGCUUGCUGCUACCUUCUCCGCUCUCUGUCUCUGCCCUACAGGAAGUCGUGUAACAGACAGUGGUGCCGCCUCAAGCUCUUCCGUCUCUCCUUCACCAUGGCUUUCGCGCUACCCCUAGCGGCCAGCGGCCUCGUUGUCUUUUCCCUCUACUAUCUCCUCCAGUGGCUCACGCUAUAUCGACGUAGAAGCCACAUGAAGAGGGAGAACGGCUGCCUGCCUCCCAAGAAGCUCGCCCAGAUGGAUCCCUUCCUUGGGACCGAUGUCGUCUUCCAGAACUUGAGGGCCGCGAAGAAGUUCGGCUUCCUUAACCUCCUCAGGUCUCGGCACGCCGCCAACGGCCUCACCUUCACCACCAACACCUACUUCCGGACCACCAUAAAUACCUGUGACCCGACUCUCAUCCAGAAUGUCCUGUCGUUCCAGUUCCAGGACUUCGGUAUGGGACCCCUCAGGCGGAACAGUGCCUCUCCUCUCCUAGGACAGGGAAUUUUCACCACCGACGAUGAGAUAUGGGCCCAUCAGCGCGCCUUGAUCCGUCCGAGCUUCGUCCGAGCCCAGGUGACGGACUUUUCCAUCUUCGGUCACCAUGUGGACCAGCUCAUCGCUCUUAUUGCCCGCCGGAAUUACAUCGUAGAUCUGCAGCAGCUCUUCUUCCGCAUGGUCCUGGACUCCAACAGCGAAUACAUGUUCGGCGAGUCUGUGGGUCUGAUGUCGGAGAACGCAUCCGAGUCUGCCACCAAGUUCCACCACGCCCUCGACUACGCCCAGCAGGGCACAAUUCUCCGUCUGCGUCUCGGGAACCUCAUGUUUACCCACCGCGACCAGAAGUUCCGCGAUUCCUGCCGGACGGUCCACGCAUACGCCGACAAGUUCGUCGGUCAAGCUCUCGAGUAUCGACGCAGCCAGGCUCUGCUACCGCCGGAGAAGCGGGAGAAGGAAGACGGCGUCCGCCAGAAGUAUGUCUUCCUCAACGAGCUCGCCAAGGACACCGAAGACCCGAUCCUUCUCCGGGACCAGAUUGUGAACAUGCUCCUAGCCGCGCGCGACACCACCGCCGGUCUCCUAGCUUUUGUCUUCUUCAUCCUGGCACGGCGGCCCGACAUCUGGGCUAAGCUGAGGGAAGACGUCCUGGACCACUACUGUGAGCCCCUGACAUAUGAGGCCAUCAUGGACAUGAAGUACCUUCGAUUUGUCGUACACGAAGCCCUCCGUCUCUUCCCGCCCAUCGCAACGAACAGCCGCAUGGCGAAUAAGGAUACCGUUCUCCCGGUCGGGGGUGGCCCCGACGGCAAGUCUCCCUUGUUCGUGAAGAAGAACAACGUGGUCACCUACAGCACGUUCGUGAUGCACCGGCGAAAGGAGUUCUUCGGCGAGGACGCCGACGAGUUCCGACCAGAGCGAUGGGAGAACCUGCGCCCCGGCUGGGAGUUCCUGCCCUUCAACGGCGGCCCGAGGAUCUGCCCCGGGCAGAAGUUCGCGCUCACGGAGUCGUCGUACACGAUCGCGCGCCUCCUCCACGCAUUCUCCAGCAUCGAGAACCUGGACCCGACCGACUGGAGGGAGCAGCUGACCCUCUCGUUGACGCUGAAUAACGGCGUGCAGUGCCGUCUCACCCCAGCCGCUUGAGCGAUGCUAGGAAAAGAUGGCCCUCGCUCGCAGGUUUCCGAACGCGCGAAACAGAAGAGGUCUGACAAUACCAGAGACAUGAUAACUUUAGGAUGUUAACACGAUCCUCAGCUAAUGAUAGGAUCGCCAUACCAGGUGGAUAUGGUGCCGGGAAUUUUUUUUUUCUUGGAAAAGGAAUUAUUCAGAAAGAAAAACCCCCCGGGUUGGGCGGUUGGGCGGUUGUUCGCUUCUAUGUAGAUACUAUGAUGUACGGUAUACUUGUUGGUGUAUGAUGUCUGUCGUUGAGACUUCGGCGUUGG